AUGGAGAACUGCUCUCAGAUAACUGCAAUCUCAGAAAGUUUGUGGAAAGAGCAUCCACAGCUACAAUGCAAACAACUGACUCCAGUUUCUGUCAUCAUUCAAGGCGCCAGCGGACAGACUUUACCCUACCUAGGUGUCAUUCCAAUUUCACUGACGAUUCUGGGUGUUGUUUACGAUGAGGUUCCGGCCUUUGUGGUCCCAUCUGACCCUUACAAGAGACGUGUUCCUGUGCUUGUUGGUACCAACGUCAUUCGAGCAGCUAGAAGAGACCAGAACUUAUCCAGAGGGAACUCGUUCAUGGAAUCCGUCAAGAAGGAAGACACGGCCUGGCAUACUGCUUUCAUCAAAACCACAGUUUCAGAACCAGGUAAUCAUCAGGGUAGCAUUGGCUACGCCAAGUAUGUUGGUCGUUCUCCAAUUGUUGUACCAUCAGGGACAGAAGUAGAUGUCAUUUGUCAAGCACCCGAUGGUCCAGAUAACUACACUGCCGUUGUUGAAGGUUUUCGUCAGAGUAAGUCCUCUCUUGAAGUCGGAAGUCUCGUUGCUGACGUUGAUUCGAACCGCCAAGUGCCAGUUCGACUCUGUAAUAUUUCUGCAAGGCCGAUUACCAUCACCAGAAACUCACGACUUGCCAAACUCUCUUCAGUACUCAGAAUUGAUGAGCCCUCGAACACGCAAUUCAUGUCCGACAAAGAUAUAGGCGUAGCGGCACAGCUACAAAAGGUAAAAGUAGAGGUUGCCAACAGUUCUCCGUCCAUAGAUUUGUCUGAAGCAGCCAUUGAUGACGACCUUCAGAGAAAACAGCUCUAUGGUCUUCUUCAGGAGUACUCUGAUGUUUUCUCAACGUCUUCACUCGAUUUCGGCCGAACCUCUACUAUCAAGCACACCAUCCCACUAGUUGAUAACCAGCCUUUCCGUCUUCCUUAUAGACGAAUACCACCAUCCCAGUAUCAGGCGGUCCGAGAACACAUACACGCGAUGGAGGAAACAGGAGCAAUUCGGCGAAGUUCUAGCCCCUACACAUCUCCAAUUGUCAUCGUACACAAGAAAGAUGGUUCACUUAGGAUAUGUAUGGACUACAGGCAACUCAACGCUUAG